GGAUUCAUAGACUCCGCCUCUUUCCUCCUCCUGACCGCGGUUGGCCACUCACCAAUCAGAAGAGUCCAGAGAGGGCUGUAUCCCGAGACCUUACGUUCUCCAACUCAUCAUUGGUUCAUUCCUCCCGCCCGUCUUCUCCACUGCGUGUAGUCAUUGGCUAGGCUAGGCCCAGCGGUGCUGCCCCUUCCUUUUCCCUGUCUGUCUCCAUAGCGACGCGUCCAGGCGUCUUAGAGGCUCCUGAGAAAGCUGUCCUGGUGCUGGGUAUCAGAUGUGAGAAUCCAUGCGUCGGGGGUCUGAGGUUCCCAGCGCCAGGUGCUCGGGGGUCAAGCAGCAGCUGCAGCAAUGGAGUACAGGAAGAACGGGCUGGGGCGAAGGAAGCGGCAGCGGCCUCCGUCGGACAGGACGGCGGACCCGGAGCUCCGGAAGCUGUACCAUCGGCUUUUGCGGCCCCUGUCGCUGUUCCCGGGUAAGGAGGCACGGAUCUCUGUGACCCCCGAGCCUCUGCCCACGUCUCCGCAGAUCAAGAGUGACGCCCGAGUGGGGCGGGACUCCUACUUCAUGGAGCAGCUGUCUCCGGGCUCGCUGUGCUUGCUGGUGUCGGAGCGGCUGUCCCGCGUGGGCCACGUGCCCAAAGUGCCCCCAGAGGGCCGGCGGCGGCUGGCCGAAGUCAUCCUGUCGGAGUUGCAGUAUGGCUGGCAGAUACCGCCGCCCGAGCCGGGCCUCAGCCCGCGGGACCAGCAGAAACUGCGCCAGCGCGUGGAGACUCACGUGGUGCUGUCCUCAGAGGAGCUCUUCCUGCGUUACCUGCACCUGCUGAUCACCCUGUCGGUGCCCGAGUCCGUGCUCACCGAGCCCGCCACGCUCACGCGCCUGUCUGCCUGCCUGGCCACCGACUGCUCCCGCUUCCUCACCAGCCCCGUCGUCUACCGCCGCCUGGUCUCCGACUUCAAAGACCUGCAGGGCCUCCGCUCCUUCCUGAAGAAGGGCACAGGGGCCAUCAAGCCAGACUAUUCCCGCAAGCAGGCCCUCAUUCCACAGCAAACCAUUGGCACCUUCCAGGCGUCCAAGCUCUGCCCUCUGCCCUGGCCUCACAGCAUAGGCUUUGCCCAGAUCCCGUGUUCGGCCCUCAACAUGAAUUACUUGAUUCAUUUGAGCCGGCCAGACUUCCUAGGCAGGCCCUGUCUGGAUCGUUUAAAGGGGCUGUGGUCCAUCCCAGACCUGGACCAGAGAAAGUACCUACGCUGGCUGCCCACUGUAGCCCCCAGGCCCCCCAAGGCGCCAGAGGUUGACCAUGCCCCGAGGGCUGACCUCUCAAGGAUUUUGAGCUUGGCAGGAAAUCUGGAUUUGCGGACCUUCCUGCACCUCCAUAACCCCAGGAAGUGCCGCUCUUUGCCCAACCUCAGAGAAGGUUGGAAGCUUUCAAAUGAACUGGGCAUAUGUUACCCUCCCCCUCGAACUUUGACCCCACUGAUCCUAGCCUGGGAGACCCGAAAGGAGGCCUUCAUAGGUUCAGCUUCAGAGGACCUCAAGCACAUGAUGAAAAACUUGAAGGUGGAGCUGUCCAGGAAGCCCCACCACAGCUCAACCCUACCUCCUCUCCUUGGAGCCCUGACCCGUGGCCCAAAAGGCAACUACCGAGUAGAAGAGCUGCAGACGACUCUGCAGACCCUCCAAGAAGAAGAAGCCUCAGGAAAGUGGGAGCACAAGCCCAGCCUGAAGGCCACUAUGCAUCCUCAGCCAGUUACGGUGGCCCUGACGCUGAAGGACCAGAUGGUGCUGCAGGCAGCAGCUGUCCGAGUCUCAGAGCGGGCCUUCCACGACAGCUUCUUUGUGAAGGAGGAAAGUGUCCUCUAUAACCACCUGUCAGGGGAGUUGGACAGCAGAAUCUUGGAAGACCUGGAUGCCGUCCUCUUUGCUGGGGCUAGCAUCCAGGAGAUCUACAAUGAGCUUCUGAGUCGAGUCUCCACUGAUUAUCUGCUCUUUGAUAAGGGGCCCCUAGUGGAGCCCACGUCAGAAAAGGACUGGUCAAGCCUCAUGGCCUCAACCUUCCUGUACAGAGAUCCCAAGUAUCGAGUCAUCAACCCCGUCCUUGACGGCAUUGGAAAGCACAGAGUCCAUACCAUAAGCCUCGAUCCCCUUCUCCCACUGCCGACUCCCCUGACGCCUAAGCAGUGGGCUAAAAGUAAGGCCUCCUGGAUGCGCUGGUGGAAAGCCACGCUGACCCCAGAUGACUACUUCUUGUACCUGGCCACUCAGGACUGUGACUUCCUCCAUGUGGUCUUCCACAUGUACCCAGAAGAGGAACCCGUCCAUCUUCCUGUCAUCACUAAAGACACCCUGGAACUUCUGCCCCUGCCUCCACUGGCACAGGAAGAGGAUGCCAGGGAGUUUGUGCCAGGUAUCUGGGAUGCCAACUCAGUCCUAGAGGAUGGCCUGGGGGCUGAGGGGAGCAAAUGCCUGGGAGACCACAGGAAAGUCAAGCUGCUCCAGAGACGACUGGAGAGAAUCUGGGCAGCGCUGCAGGUGCCAGACAAAGAUCGACUGGACAUGGCUAUCAAGUACAGCACCAAUGCCCGCAUGGGGCAUCUCCCUGCCCUAGUGAAUGCCUGGGAGAAGGCCUUGCAGCCCAUCCAGGAGCGAGAGCUUUUGUUAGCCCAGCUGGAACACUUUGAGCAAGAGGCCUCUGACCCCAAUCGCUUCUUCCUGAAGGUCGAUUAUGACCUCUGGCGCUGGACAGAAGAGUCCCAGAUCCGAAGCCACUUGUAUGAGAAGAUCAGUAGAGUGGAGGCCUUGCUGACCAGGCUCCUGCGGGACAUCCAGAUUGCCUUCGGGGAGUCGGUGACGUACAAGGGGCGCUGCUAUCUGGAGAAGAUGAAGAGGGACAAAGUGGAGAUGUUGUACUGGCUGCAGCAGGAACGGCGAGCCAAGAAGCUGGUCCGGGUCCAAAAGGGCUCACAACUGCCUUCCCUUAACCCUAAAAACACAGGAAACUCAGAAAAUGGCCUCAUUCCCUCUCCCAGAAAUGUCUAAACGGCAAACAUUACGCCCUUCUCUACUCUCUGUCCCCAUUUGUCCCCCAAAUGAGUCACCCUUGGUGGUAGACUAAGAAAUCCAGGCCUCGGGGUGGGGGAGGAGGAGGGGGAGAAGGGGACUAAUUAGGGAGAUCUUAGUUGAGUUCAUAUUUUGUUAUAACAGAUACCGUAGCUAUAGGAUGAAAAUUGCUGUUUUACAAAAGGCUCUGCAGGCCCCAAGUUGACCAGCUAAUUUCAAAUCCUGCUUAAUCAAUGUGGCCAAGUUCUGGUACCUCAGAAUAAUUGGGUCUGAACCUUAGUGUUUGGUAAAGUAGGAUUUGCCAGGUAAAACAAAAGAGAGGGAACCUGUUUAGCAAUUCAUUCUGCUCCAAUUCUAAGGGAUGCUUGGUUUGAGUCUAGAUUAAAAAAAAAAAGCUCUCUCUCAGGUCUGGCUUAAUCAGCAGUUACAGAAGGCCGUGGCUGGCUGAUAGGGUGGGACUUGGCCCCAUCCUACUUCCACAUCUCCAGACUGUUGUUGAUAGCUGAAAACCAUUGCUAGAGCUGUAUUUCUUUCUCUCGGCCCUGUUAAGAGCAGAGCUGACACCAUCAGUGAGCCCAAAGAUGUACAUGCACGUACAACAUCCACGUUAUUAUGGACAGAAGCUGUGAUUGCUUUGGUGCAAUCAUAUAAGAGAUUUGCUGAGAAAACUCCCUCUCUCAGUAUCCAGAGGAACACCUGUCCUGCAACUUGGAACCUUUGAAAGCUUCAAUUUUGGCCUAGCUUCAUUUCUCUUCUGGUCAAAAUUCAGGGCAGCUAGGUGGCACAGUGAAUAGAGCACUGAGAAUCAGGAAGACCUGAGUUCAAA